AGGAGCUGCAAAAUUUGUAUUCAUCUCUGUUCUGAAGAUUUGUGAAGAGUGUAAAAUGUUGUGAUAACGAUGAGGUGCCUAUAAACAGGGAGAGCUCCCCAUAAGCCAUUUCCACCACCACUGCCCAAACGCCUUCGAGGAAGAACCCAACAAUGGAGGAGCAGCAAAGCACUAGAAACCAUGUGGAAAGGAAGAAGGGCGGCCUUAUUACUAUGCCCUUCAUCUUCGCUAAUGAGAUCUGCGAGAAGAUUGCUGUGGUUGGUUUUAAUACCAACAUGAUAAGCUACUUGACCAAGCAGCUCCAUAUGCCAUUAACCAAAGGAGCCAAUACCAUCACCAACUUCAAUGGAACCGCCAGCUUGACGCCCCUCAUCGGAGCCUUCAUCGCCGACUCAUACGUCGGCCGCUUCUGGACCAUCACUGUCGCCUCUAUCCUCUACCAGAUUGGAAUGAUAAGCCUGACGACGUCGGCGGUGGUGCCUGGACUGAGGCCGCCGCCGUGCAAGGGCGGAGAAAUCUGCGAAGAAGCCAGCGGCAAGCAGUUGGGAAUACUAUACUUUUCUCUGCUGCUAACGGCGCUGGGGUCAGGGGGGAUCCGGCCGUGCGUGGUGUCGUUUGGGGCAGACCAGUUCGAUGAGUCGGAUCCAAAGCAAGGGAAGAAGACGUACAAAUACUUCAACUGGUAUUAUUUCGCGAUGGGGGCUUCGAUGCUGGUGGCGGUGACGGUGCUGGUGUACGUGCAGGACAACAUAGGGUGGGGUUGGGGAUUUGGAAUUCCCACCAUCGCUAUGUUCCUUUCCAUUAUCACGUUCGUUUUGGGGUACUCGAUUUACAGGCACUUGGACCCCUCUGGCAGCCCCUUUACACGGCUGCUCCAAGUGAGCGUUGCAGCGUUUAGGAAAAGGAAACUCGAAAUGGUUCCUAAUUCCACCUUGCUUUAUCAAAAUCAUGACAUUGAUGACCCAAUUUCUCGCGAUGGCAAGCUUCUCCAUACCAAUCAUAUGCGAUUUCUGGACAAAGCAGCCAUAGUGACAGAACAAGACAAGGUGAAAGUGGGGGAAAAACCCAAUCUUUGGAAUCUAAACACAGUCCACCGAGUGGAAGAGCUGAAAUCCGUAAUCCGAAUGGGUCCAAUUUGGGCCUCUGGAAUCAUCCUAAUCACAGCCUAUUCCCAACAGUACACGUUUUCACUCCAACAGGGCACAACCAUGGACAGAAGACUCACAGAUUCCUUCAAAAUCCCAGCCGGCUCUAUGAGCGUUUUCACUCUUCUCACAAUGCUCAUAACCAUCGCCUUAUACGACCGCAUCUUCAUCCCCAUCGCCCGCCGCUUCACAGGCCUCGACCGCGGCAUUACCUUCCUCAAGCGCAUGGGCAUCGGUCUUGUAAUCUCAAUCUUCGCCACAUUGGUAGCUGGCUUCGUUGAGAGAAAGCGCAAGCAUGUGGCCUUUAUUCACGGCCUUCAAGAUCACCCCUCCUCCACCAUCCCCAUUUCCAUCUUCUGGCUUGUCCCCCAAUACAGCCUCCAUGGCAUGGCCGAGGCUUUCAUGUCCAUUGGCCAUCUCGAGUUCUUCUAUGAUCAGUCCCCUGAGAGCAUGAGGAGCACUGCUAUGGCUCUGUUUUGGACAUCCAUUUCGGCUGGGAAUUAUUUGAGCACCCUUUUGGUUACGUUGGUGCAUAAGUACACCGCUGGCCCCAAUGGGUACAAUUGGCUGAGGAAUGAUAAUAUUAAUAAGGGGAAGUUGGAAAACUUCUAUUGGUUAGUUACCCUUUUGCAGGUUUUUAAUCUUGUUUAUUACGUAGUUUGUGCCAAGAUGUAUACUUUUAAGCCUUUGGAGGUUCAAAGGAAGGUUGUGGAUAGCUCUAAGGUGGAUGAAGUUCAACUUGUGAACCCGGUUUAGUUUCAUUGAUGUUGAGUAGUCGUUGCUAGUGUUUUUGCAUAGUACGUGCUAUAGUGGAGAAAAUAUAUAAGUUUCAUGCUUCCAACGACUUAUGUUAUAUAGUCGGUCAAUAGUAGAGUGAAUAAGACACUAAGGAUCAUUUCAAA